UCUUUGGAUGUGGGAGUUCUUAACUGGCCAACACUCCGCUCCAUACAGCAAGGCCGGACGGACUACCACCCUAUAGAAUUUGCCUUUAAGCUUGGGCGGCACCUUCUUAUCACACAGCACCCCCGCAGAGAGCAAGAAAAGGAAUGGAUGACUUUGUGUCAACUAACAGGAGCUCACAAGCCAUAUAACAAGCGAUAUUUACUUUUCUUUAAAGAUUGCAUUGGGGCACUUGAUGGAACACCGCAAGGUCAAGAAAUUCUGUUUAUUAAUCAUAAAUGCACAACUUCAAAGGCUAACAAUAUAGAUGGCGAAAAUGUGAGAGAGAAAAAUUAUGUGCAUUGGGUGGAACUUCGUGAUAUGAUUGCUAAUGAUAUUUGUAAUGCUUAAUGCUUGUAUUAAUUGGACAUUUUCACUUUUUGUUUCUACGGCGAACUUAAC